AUGGAGCUUCCACCAGCUAAGCGUUUGCGCACAGAUCCUGACCAGAAGGCAGCGCUAGUUCAAAGGCUGCUGGCUGCCAAAGAGGCAUCUGGAAAAAGUUUUGAUGAGAUCGCCACCGGCCUCGGAUUGACGAAUGCUUACACUGCAAACCUUUUCUUCAACCAGGCGCAGCUGAAGGCCCACUCAGUCAAGAAGCUCAAGGAGCUCGUGCCCAAGAUCUCAGAGGAAGAUCUUGCUGCCAUGCAGAGGCCACCGAUGCGGAGCUUUGAUCCAGCCAUUCUGCAGGAGCCCAAUGUGUAUCGCACGUAUGAGGCGAUCACCCACUACGGUGAGGCAAUUAAGGCGCUGAUCAAUGAGCAGUGCGGCGAUGGUAUAAUGAGCGCUAUCGACUUCUACCUGGAUGUCGGCACGACCACCGGGAAGAAGGGCGAGAAGCGAGUUGUCAUCACAAUGAACGGCAAAUUCCUACCCCACGUGGAGCAGAUUGCCGCCGACAACACAGAUACGCCCUCAGUCCUAGUAUGCAUGCAGGAGCACAUGUGA